AUGGCGCCACUCUCAGGAUCCGCCAAGAAGAAGAAGCAGAAGGAGAAAGAGAGGGAGCUCCAAAGGCUCAAGGUGAUUGAGGAGCGGCAAGCGGGGUCGGACACGAGUCCUGAAGAAGAUAUUCCUGCCAACCAGCCCUACGGACCCUGGGAAGAGCCAAAAGAGAAGUGGGAUGCUCGCCUGGAAGCUCAGCCCCCAGCUGAAAAGUACGCCGACUUCGAGAAGCGUGCAAAGGCAAGGAAAGGGCAGCCCAUUGAAUAUCAGCCCACUGCAAUUCCAGAUGAACAGACGUUGCAUGUAGAUGCAUCGACCAAGUUCGAUAGCACUGCAAAGCCUGUUCAAAAGCUCGUUUUUGCUUCUGGUAUCAACGUAGACGACACCCUCAUUGACGUCAUCGCGAAUGCAGAUGCUACAUUCCGGAGUGCAGUCCGCGUCUUCGUUGCCGGCGAUUCUGAAAGGAAGGAGGCCAUUGAGAUCACGAGUGCCGGCGUGGAGAAGCUGACCAAAGCCUGUCCUCAACUAGAGGUCAUUGCUCUCCACGGCACAUCUAAGCUUACGCGUACCGCAUUCCCAACGAUCCUCAAGAACUGCGCAAACAUCGAAUCCGUCACCCUGACGGUCGUCCAAGGCCAAAAGUCUAAGCGCAUACGUCUCAACAGCACACUUGAAUGGCUGAACGACAAGACCUUCGUUCCAAAGCUGCGGUACCUCGAAUUCCGUGGUGUCUACCACGAGGCUUUCCGUCGCGAAUUCCUCGAGUUCCUUACACAAAGCAGACCAGGGCUGGAGAUCGUGUUCGAAUAUGACAGGCCAGCAGUACUUAUCCGGGACAACGAAACUAUUCCGCUUGACCGCGUUCCUGCUGCUGGUAAAUAA